AUGUCUGCUACAACAGUUCCAUACGCAGGCCAAGGCAAGCCAGCAGCUGCUCCAGCUGGUGAUGGUGCAAAGGCUCCUGCUGCUGCUGCUCCAGCAGACAAGAAAUCAGCAGAUAAGAAGAAAUAA